AUGAAGUCACUACUACAUAGCACGGCGGCAACGAGGAUGCCAGCGUUGGCUAGUAUGCACAGAGCACUUCUCUCAUCCGCUGCAGCAAGGCGGUCAAUGACAACACUACGACCUUCUCCACGCCCGCUCUUAUCAUCGUCCGCACCAACCUUCAGCCACCAAUCACCACCAGCACUAGUAAAGCGAACAUAUUCUACGGCACCAAACCAACACCAAGUACUCCAAUCAUUCGGAACGCCUCUCGCCCAGUUCAUCUUGACCCUAUCCCGAAUCGCACGGAUCAUCACCUUCACAGCUCUCGGAGUGGGUACGAUUGGAGUGGUAUCGUUCGAAGCUACUCAUCAAUAUGUCGAACAUUUUGCUAUGCCUGCUUCCUCUCCCUCCUCAAACUCCUCAAACUCCUCGUCCUCUGACGAGUAUGGCUGGAAACAGCUCGCUCUCCAAGAAUCUUGGUCGGGCUCUCUCUCCCACCCCGGCACAGACCCGCGCCUGGGAAUCAAAGGUCGCCAUGCAGUAAGAUCAGCAUGGAUGUGUGUAAACUGGGGAGGUGGAAUCUCUCCUUCUCUACUAUUCCAAGGUGGAGCAGCCGGGAACUCAGGCUUAGGACGUACCGCCAUCACCUCAAUGUCGGCUGCAAAGAUGUUGAAAGUGGACGAUGGGAUGCUUUUGGCUAUGCAAUAUCUCAAUCUCGCCGUAAAAAUCGCAAACGACAAGGGUAUCUCUCUUCCAGAUACAGGUGCGAUUCGGGCCGGGUUGGUUAGUAAAGAAGCAGCAGAGGAGCAGUUGAAGAGCAUAGAUCCAUUAGCUGUCGCAUUAGAGGCCAGAUUGGCGGCGGUGAAAGAGAGACAAGGGAGUAGGGGGGCGUUGGAGAGUGCGAUUGGGAGUUACGAGAAACUUUAUGAUAUAGCAACCUUGACAGGCGGAGGUGGUGGGGAGAAAGGGGACAGAGGGGAGAAGGGGGAAAAGUUGGUCAGAUUGGCGACGAAAUUGGCGGAUCUACAUAUGGCGUUGGGAGAGAGAAAAGAAGCUGAAAGAUGGUUGGGUAGAGCGGUGGGGAUUGCUGCUCUGGCUGGAGCUCGUACGCCUGAGCUACAGAACUCUUCCAUCAGCGACAGUGUUGGAGUGAAGGUAGAGGAGCAAGGAAAGAAAGGUGGUGUGAGGGCAUGGUUCGGGAAAUCCAACCCAACCCCCACACCCACACCCGCCCUUGCUACUGAUACAAUGCAGACUACACCACAAACGGAAGUAGAAGCAAGUGCAACCCCGGCACUCACCCGAGCACUCAUCACAGCCCUCCUCUCCAAAUCAGCUUUCCAGGCUACAUCCGCCUCGCUCCAUGAAGCACUCCAGACUCAAAUGUCCGCUCUCAAACUCACAGACGCCGAACUCUCGCGUCUCUCCUUCUCCCCUUCGUCAUCCACUAGCCGGCCCACCAUCACCUCCACCUCCGCCGAACUGCACAAACUAUGGCUAAGCCACCAUGAAUCGAUCUUAAACCUUCACGUAGCAGAGACAAUCUACGGCCUAACGCGCAAUUCUGGGAAAUCUUCACUUCCUUCUUGGUCAAGCUGGAAGAAAGAGGGAAAGAAAGGGGAGAAGAGCUUGGGUUGGAUCCAAGAGGCGACCAUCAAAGCCCAAGGCGUGGUUCAGGAGUUGGAAGGAGAAAGGAGAGGGGAGAAAGGUGGCGAGGUUGAGUUAGGGGAGAAAUGGAAGAAAGAUAAACAAGUAGCCUUAGUAGCGGGGAGAGUACUGAGAGAUGCCAAGAGGGUGUUGGAUGCUGCUAGUCGUAGUCGGGCUACUUUGGAGACGGUGGUGUAG